AUGCGAACAACUCCGGACCACACGGAGUACAUACCUACCUGCCGUCUGAACCUGCUGGAUCGUGUCCCCCCUUCUGUCAAAUUCAACUCCAGCACGUGGACUGUUGAGGACAAGUGCGGUUUACGAGGCUACGGCCAGCGCCCAAAGAAAAAAGGCAAAGCCAAGCUCCGACAACACACCUCCGCUGAGCCAAGCCUUGUGGGGAGCUGUCGCAAAAGCGCUCGACACCCAGUCAUCGCCCAAAACGCCAUAGCCUUGCUGCAAAAAUCGUACGUUUGUCUGAGAGGAGUCUGUUGGUGUCAAGCAUUUGCGGUUUCAACAGGGCACAUCGGCAGCACCGACUACGGAACCGCUGUUCCAGCUGCUGCGCUAUUGAACUUUGGACCAUCACAAACCUCACGGCCAUUUUUCGGUGGAUAUCGCGGCAUCGGCCUUUGUUUCUUUUUUACCAAAACUCACUCACUCUACAAUUUCCUGAUAUCAAUACCGAACAUGGCGUCGCCGAACUCCCCACCCGAGAACGGUGCCUCCGAGACGGAGCCGCCUCGGAAUGAGAAUUCGUCAUCUUCGUCGUCGUCGCCGCUCCCCUCAGCGUCGGUUGGUGAGAACUUGGCGCAGGCCCUAAAAGAUCUUGCUAGGGGCGAGCAGACUGCCACGGCGUUGGAGAACGACCUGACCAAGUUAGAGAGCAAGUUGGAUGAGAUUUUGGCCUCGUUGGGGGUCAACAUUGACGACCUGGAGGAGGGGGAGGACUCCACCAAUGCCGACAAACAGAGCAACGGGGAGGUCGACGGCAAGAAGUGA